UUUAUCUGUGACAUGUCUACACCCUGGGAAUAAGAACUGAGUCAGCUCCUGAGAUUCAACAGAAUGACUGCUAAGGUCUCUUUAUAUUCUGUGUCGCCAUGAUCCCUUGGCUUUGGAUGACCAGCACUUGACAUCGACACUCUUUGGAUUUCAUUCAUGUGGAGGCAUUCUUACUUUGUGAUGACCUCAACUGAGUUUUAAACAGUGCCCAACCCAAGUUCAAAGGCUGAGGAGAGAGAAAAACUCACGAGGAGAUUUUACUCUAGGGAAAGUUGUUCAGUGGAUGGGAUCCUGGCUCACAGGGAAAGAUGUCAGGCUCUCUUUGGCUCUUUCUCACCCUCGUUCCUGUAACUGCGGCUCAGCUCACUAGGGAGGAGCAGGCCAAGACAUUUUUGGACAAGUUUAAUCAGGAAGCUGAAGAUCUGUCAUAUCAAAGUUCACUUGCUUCUUGGAAUUAUAACACCAAUAUUACUGAGGAGAAUGUCCAAAAGAUGAAUGAGGCUGGUGCCCUUUGGUCUGCAUUUUAUGAAGAACAGUCAAAGCUUGCCAAAGCUUAUUCACUACAAGAAAUUCAGAAUCUCACAGUCAAGCGUCAGUUACAGGCCCUUCAGCACAGUGGGUCUUCAGUGCUUUCUACAGACAAGAACAAACAGUUGAACACAAUUCUAAAUAUGAUGAGCACCAUCUAUAGUACUGGAAAAGUUUGUAACCCAAAUAAUCCACAGGAGUGCUUACUGCUUGAACCAGGUUUGGAUGACAUAAUGGCAAAGAGCACAGACUACAGUGAGAGGCUCUGGGCAUGGGAAGGCUGGAGGUCUGAGGUUGGCAAACAGCUGAGGCCAUUAUAUGAACAGUAUGUGGCCCUGAAAAACGAGAUGGCAAGAGCAAACAAUUAUGAGGACUAUGGGGAUUACUGGAGAGGUGAUUAUGAGGCAGAGGGAGCAGAUGGCUACGACUACAGCCGGAACCAGUUGAUCGGAGAUGUGGAACGUACCUUUGCUGAGAUUAAACCAUUAUAUGAACAACUCCAUGCCUAUGUGAGAGCAAAGCUGAUGAAUGCCUACCCUUCCCGUAUCAGUCCAAUUGGAUGCCUCCCUGCUCAUUUGCUUGGUGAUAUGUGGGGUAGAUUUUGGACAAAUCUAUACCCUUUGACAGUUCCCUUUGGACAGAAACCAAACAUAGAUGUUACUGAUGCGAUGGUGAGCCAGUCCUGGGAUGCAGAGAAGAUAUUCAAGGAAGCUGAGAAGUUCUUUGUGUCUGUUAGCCUUCCUCAUAUGACUCAAGGAUUCUGGCAAAACUCCAUGCUAACUGAGCCAGGAGAUGGCCGGAAAGUGGUCUGCCAUCCCACAGCUUGGGACCUGGGGAAGGAUGACUUCAGAAUCAAGAUGUGCACAAAGGUGACAAUGGACCACUUCUUGACAGCUCACCACGAGAUGGGACAUAUCCAAUAUGACAUGGCAUAUGCCAUUCAACCUUUCCUGCUAAGAAAUGGAGCUAAUGAAGGGUUCCAUGAAGCUGUUGGGGAAAUCAUGUCACUUUCUGCAGCUACACCUAAGCAUCUGAAGUCCAUUGGUCUCCUACCACCGGAUUUUCAUGAAGAUAGUGAAACAGAAAUAAACUUCCUACUCAAACAAGCACUCACGAUUGUUGGAACUCUGCCCUUCACUUACAUGUUAGAGAAGUGGAGGUGGAUGGUCUUCCGCGGUGAAAUUCCCAAAGAGCAGUGGAUGAAAAAGUGGUGGGAGAUGAAACGAGAGAUAGUUGGUGUGGUGGAGCCAGUGCCUCAUGAUGAGACAUACUGUGACCCUGCAUCUCUGUUCCACGUUUCUAAUGAUUACUCAUUCAUCCGGUAUUACACAAGGACCAUCUACCAAUUCCAGUUUCAGGAAGCCCUUUGUCAAGCAGCUAAACAUGUAGGCCCCCUGCACAAAUGUGAUAUCUCAAAUUCCACUGAAGCUGGGCAGAAGUUGCUCAAUAUGCUGAGACUUGGAAAAUCAGAACCCUGGACCUUAGCAUUGGAAAAUGUUGUAGGAGCAAAGAAUAUGGAUGUAAGACCACUGCUUAACUAUUUUGAGCCCUUGUUUACCUGGCUGAAAGACCAGAAUAGGAAUUCUUUUGUGGGGUGGAGCACCGAGUGGAGUCCAUAUUCUAAAGAAAGCAUCAAGGUGAGGAUAAGCCUCAAAUUGGCUCUUGGAGAUAACGCAUACCAAUGGAAUGCUAAUGAAAUGUACUUGUUCCGGUCAUCUAUUGCAUUUGCCAUGAGAAAGUAUUUUUUAAAAGUAAAAAACGAGAUGGUUCCUUUCAGGGCGGAGGAUGUAUGGGUGAGUGAUGAGACACCAAGAAUCUCCUUCAUCUUCAUUGUCACUGCACCUAAUAAUAUAACUGACAUCAUUCCUAGGAGUGAAGUUGAAGAUGCUAUCAGUAUGUCCCGGAGUCGUAUCAAUGACAUUUUUGGCCUGGAUGAUAACAGUCUGGAGUUUCUGGGGAUUCAGCCAACACUUGGACCUCCUUACCAGCCGCCUGUCACCAUAUGGCUGAUUGUUUUUGGAGUUGUGAUGGGAUUGGUAUUGGUUGGCAUUGUCAUCCUAAUCAUCACUGGGAUCAGAGAUCGGAGGAAGAAAAAUCGAACAAAAAGAGAAGAAAACCCUUACUCUUCUGCAGACACUGGUAAAGGAGAAAAUAAUAUAGGAUUCCAAAACAGUGAGGAUAUUCAGACUUCAUUUUAGAAAAAUCUGUCUUUUUCCUCCUGAGGUGAUUGUAUUAUAAGUAAAUGUUAAUUUCAUGGUAUAGAAAAUAUACAAUUAUAAAGAUGUCAUUAAAUAUCAAAACUAUGGCUGUGUUCAGGAAAAGUUGGCCGAAGACCAUAUGACUGAGGAGUGGGUAUCUUUACUGUUUUUGCUUUCAGUAUUUAUUUCUGCCUCAGGACUUGACUUCUCUUCUGCUUCCUCAUGUCUAUAUUAGAAUAAAAAAGAGAAAGUAUGUCUUUGGCCUCCCUCCCGGGCUGUCCAGAGAUAGGGGAAAUGCAAAUGUCUGCUGAAUAACUAGAGUUGGAAAGCAAAAAGGAUAUGUCUCUAUGUCACAGGAGCAGGUGCUGGACCUUGUGUAAAAUCAGUGCUGGUAAAGUGGUGGGAUUGCAGGGAUUGAGAUGAGACCCACUGUUCACUUUUACUUAAUCCAAGUGAGAAGGAUGAAGGAUGACAUGCUUUAUUUACACCAACUUGAUUCAAGCUCUACAGUAAUUUGCCCACAGUGAUGUUUGAAUGGACCAUGCCUUCUUCAGGGUGGCAGGGCUAGAGAAAGAAGAAAAGAGAAUCCAGAGCAUGGACAGGGGACACUGCCUUUUCACUUUCAAGCUGCUUGGCCAACAUUUCCCUAGCACUAGCACAGGUGCCUCCACAAUCCCCCAGAACAUGCCUGAAACUCGCUUUCAUUAUUCUCUAACUGUAGAGUGAUUGGAAAUUGCAACUGAAUGUUCCCCCUCUGAAGUGAGAACCCGAUCUCUUACAUCUUUUCUAUUCUCCCACGUUGUCUGAGUAGUGCUGAGCACAAAGCAUACACUCAAUAAACACCUAUUAGAUGUAUACACUCCUGGGGUCUUCUGCAUAUCUAUGUACCGGGACUUCUGUCCAUUAUAUCUUCUCUUCACUUCUAUAGAGGAAACUGUUGCCUGACUAUCUGGGACCUUUGACCUCCAGAUGACUUCGAAUGUAUCCUAAAUUUUCAAAUUGCUUUAUUGGACAAAGCAAUUGUAAAAUCAGUUAAAAAAGAAUUGUAUUCUGAAUGUAUCAUUGCCAAGUUAGGAACCAAACCUAGUACCCUAGAAGUGCUUUUAUAUUUCUCAGAGUACUUAGCCUAGUUCUGAGCACAGCAUCUACUACAUACCUGGAGACUGAUUAAAACUACACUAAAUAGAUUAACAUAUCCAAGCUUUACCCAUUAAGUCAUAUUAUAUUGUGGCCAGAAUAAUGGCCACAAUACUGACUUUGCACUUAAUAAAUUCAAUGUGGUAAUGGUAAUAGUGGAUAGAUUAGCUAGGUCAGGGCAGAAUGACUUUCAGAAUCCCCUGUAAAGUAGCCUCAAGAUAAUCAAAUGGGGCUGGGUAACUUGAGGCUCUUCAGCAUCUUUUCAUUUUAUCUGAUACUCAGGUAGCAAUAAGAGUUUUUCUGUCUUUGCCUGAGAUCCAUGUCCCUCCACUCAAGCUUCCUCAAUACUAUAUGUUUCACCAUCUUGCCAUUCAUUGGGCCCAUAGCUUGGAGCAACAUACAAUAGCAUUUUCUCCUUAUUUGCAUUGUUUCAUUGCCAACAAUGCCCAGCACAGAAAUUAGGAAAACUUGCUCAUUUCCUUGACUUAAUCUUGUGUUUUUUUUUUAACCAGUGAAGUCCUCAUUUUGCCUACCAGGUAAGGUUUGUGGUCCUUCACUAAUGCAACAGCAUCCUCUGAGAGGAUGGAGACUCUACAAAGAAGGCAAAGGUGGGAGUUGGUAAACUAUGACCCAUGGGCCAAAUCUUGAUCAUUAUCUGUUUUUGCAUAACCUGUGAGUUAACAAUGAUUUUUGUAAUUUUUAAUGGUUGAGGAAAGAAAAUAGAGUAUUAUUGUAGGACAUAUGAAAAUGAUAUGAAAUUCAAAUUUCAGUGCCUAUAAGUAAAGUUUUAUUGGAACCCAACCAUGCCCAUUCAUUUUCAUAUUGUCUAGGGCUGCUUUCCUGCUACAAAGUACAGCUGAGUGGCUGACAGAGAUGGUAUGGCCUACAAAGUCUUUUACAGGGUAACUUUACUGAUCCCUGGGCUAAAAGGAAGCAAGGAUGAAAUGAAGUUAGAAAUGUGAAAGGCUCCUGUGGAGCUCAGAGACCUGAGGAACAUUUGUUUAUGAAAUCUGAAGCUAUUCUCUGACUGUUUCCUUCCUGAGGAUGUAACUAUUUUUAUGGGGUUCAGUUGACAUGAUUAGGCCAGGUGCUGCUUUCUUCUUCCGUGAUGUCCCUCAAUGAAUUAUUCUCCCUCAUGUGAGAUCCAUCCCUCCCCCAUUUAGCUAAAGAUGGGGCCUUCGGUCCAAUCUCUCCUCCUUAUACUCCCACUCUCAAGUCUAUUACGUUGAAAUCUUCCUCUUAAUCAACUCAAGUCUAUAUGCUAUGAAUUUUGACUUUUGGAUUUCACCUAGAAAAUGGUUUAUCUGAAGUUGCUCUCUGACUUGUCCUUUGGGAAAAUUUUUAUCACAAGUCUGCCUUUUUCUUCACUCCUUAGAAAGUAUAAGCUGAUUCUUGGUUUAAAAUUAUAACAGCAAAUGUACAUAUAACCAUAAAGCACAGUUGAAGCACAUUUUAAAAGUCAUUAUGCGUGUUUUAAGAUAGUACAAACAUUCUUCCUUACUUGGCUCCUCCUGGCAUCACUGGACUUAUUUUCUGAUAAACCUCUCAUAGCACCUUAAAUUCGUGCUUGACUUAAUUUUUGGAGCCAGGCUUCUAAGCAAGGCUUUGGCUUCUUUUCAUAGCAAAUAAUUCUGUAUAAUUUGAAAUUUUGCAAUAAGCAUGUAUUACUUUUGUUAUAAAGCAGAUUAUUUUUCAAAGAUCAAAUAUAGAAAAAUAAAGGGAAGAAAGGAAACAGUUGAAGAGGGAAAGAAAGGCCAGCAGUGUGUGGUACAAGUUCUUGUUGGACAACAUCUGAGAGAGCAGCAGGCCUGAUGCCCCACCCCACUGGGGUUUGUGUCACUUGGACCUUCUUUUCCCUUUGGCAGGAAAGAACCUGGCACUUGGGAAAUACUAAACAAAUCAAUGGAUGAAUGUAUAAAUGCCCUAGUGAUUAUUUUCAAAGUUACAUUCCAUUGUACAUUGAAGUUCAUAUAUCUCUGUUAAAAGUAGAAGACUAUUAUCAAGUAUUGGUUCUCUCUGAAAUGAAAGAAUCAUUAAAUGUCAGGAAACAAAUAGCAAGAGGAAACAUUUAAGCUAGCUGAUAGGGGAGAGAAGAAGUGGGAUGAGAAAGAGUCUCUUGGGGAGGUUAUUAACUUAUAUCUGAAAAAUAGCAGUAGGACUUAAUUGGGAUGUCGUGUCAUUAUAAUAGUAACCUUCACAUAAACUUUCCCUCUCCCUUCUUGACAUUAUAAGAGAGACAAUGAAAUCUAAAAGAUAACAUCUAUGGGCUCAACAUCAGGCUCUGAAGAAGGGAAUUUCCCAGGAACAGUUUAAAGCUAAAAUGCCUUUUAUAAUAGCCACGAGAAGCUAAAAUAGCACUUCUAUAUCUUUAAGAUGGAAGACUGAAACAGAAACUGUAGCUGUCAAGUGAGGCAGAAGCCCCCAAGCCCCAAACUCAAGAGUUUAAUAUGAUUAGAAAGAAACAUUGUCUUCAAUCCUAGAAAUAAGACCACGGUUUCACUGAGUUGUGACUGAUAAUGAUUAAGGUGAAGGUUAAGGAAAAAGGUAUCAAAAAUGUAUGUCAGCAUAUUUUUUGUAAUAAACUCAUCAAAUCUUUUAUUAUUAUUAUAAUUGUUAACACAUAUUAAUUGUUUAAAUUAAUGGGUUUCACUACUUAUCAGAACUUAACCAUGGCUAUGUUACAUCUUUGUCAUCACAGACAGUUUUACUUUACUCUCAUGUUCCCCUUAAAAUGCUUGCGUUCAGCCAUGGGCCAGAGUACUUUGUCUUCAAUAAAAAGGGACUGUUUCAGUCUCAUGUUCAGUCUCAUACUUGGGAACAUAGACGUCUGAGGAAUUGACUGAAUAAUUUAAGACCAUCCCACUGUACCAAAUCAAGAUUGCCAGAAGUCUAGUGGAGAAGCUGAUAGAUUCAUGAAAUUGCUGACUCAAAAUCUGCAGAAUUUUAUUAUGUUUUCCAAGAAAUUAAAUGAAUGAGCUAAAUUUGAUGUCUUGCAUCCCCAUUUAUUUAAUAGAUUUUAAAUUGAACACUAUGUUUCUUGACUAUGUGUGACAUAUUUAAUAUAUUGUGUAAUAAUAUUAUUUAACUUUAAUAUUAUGUUUGUAUGCACACUGACAUAAAGAACCAUUGUUCUAAUCUGAA